AACGGUUUCGGUGGUGAGGUCGAGGAGGCUGAGCGCCGGCAGAUUUUUGAGGCCAACUAUGCGUACAUCAAAGCCCAUAACGCCGAGGCCGACAACGGUGUCCACACUUUCCGAUUGGGUGUCAACCAGUUUGCAGACAUGACUAACGAGGAGUACAGAAAGCAACUGACCCUCAGACUGAACCCAAGCCUCUUGAACGUGACAUUUGCUGAGAUCCCCGUCGGAUCCCUGGCCGACAGUGUCGACUGGAGAACCAAGAAUGUGGUCACACACGUCAAGAAUCAGGGACAGUGCGGUUCGUGUUUCGCAUUCUCGGCCACCGAUUCAAUUGAAAGUCAAUACGCUAUCGCAACCGGAAAUCUGGUAGAGUUGGCGCCCUCACAGAUCGUCGACUGCAUCCAUUCCGGCGGUGAUGUCUGCCAAACAGGUGGCGAUACCGUUGAGGCCAUACAACUGGUCAUCAAAGAGGGUGGCAUCGAAAAGGAGUCGGACUACCCAUACAACGCCCGAAUGGGCACCUGCCAGUUCACU